GGGGGUGUGGAUGUGCAUUUCACCCAGGAACCUUCUAAUCCAAGCUACUUUAUCAAUGGUAGUGAUGCCAACCUGGUGUGGGACUACGCUGAUCCACAUAAUGACAUUCAGAACAUUCUCUAUAGUGUUCUAGUUGGUGGUAAAUUUGUCAGAAUGAUGGUUAAUAGCAGUCAUGGUGUCCAAGAAAAUCCUAAUAUUCCUGCAUCUUACAAAGGAAGAAUUAAAAUUGAAGGAAGAGCUACCCUGGUCAUAAAGAACAUCAACCCUGAAGACAAUACCAAAUUUGAAUGUGAAAUAUGGGGAAGCUUUUCCUACCCGGUAGAAAGUACAGUUCAGCUUAUUGUGGCAGGUAUGUAUUACAGACAUAAACAUUAAUAAUUAAACAUAAAUCAAAUGCAUUCAACUCAUGUCUCAUAUUUCUAAGAUCUGGAAAAGUAAACAAUAGCAUAAAUAUGCACAAACAUUUAAAUGCAGGGCUGAAAGUAGCUAGCCAACCAGACUUUUGAGAAGAACGGUGCUACUUUUACUUGGCAUGUGACACCACGCACCUAAAAGGAGAAAAGAAACUCUACCAUUUACUCUGCUGUUUCUCAUAAGGAAGAAAUCUAAGAGUUAUCAGAUAGUUAUUGCUCUAUUAUUCUGGCACCAUCUACUUAACUGCUAUGUUGUGCAUAGAUAACUGUUAUCUGACUGUGAUUCUAUGACGUAGCGCCUGACAGGCAGCACGCGUUUUUUUUUUUCCUGCUCCGUGAUUCUAAGCGAACUUUCUUCAAAAUAACUUCCUCGAAACGACAAAGAGCACUAUUUUAAUCACAAGUAUAUUUUUAUAAUAUUGGCCUCUAGUUACAUGGCGAUAUUUUAUUCAAGAGCGGCACUGAAUGCCAUUUUAUCUUCAACGACGAAGAAGUCGCUCGGUUGUGAGUUAUGGCGCAACAUAUCUGAUCUGGGAAUAACACGGCAAAGACCUACACGUCGAGGGACAAGAGCAGGACAGCGCAAACAAAGGCAGAUUGGGAUUUGCAUGGGGAAUGGAGCACGCAAGACUCAGCAAUUUCCGAACUUUAAUGGGUGUUUCUUUGCCAAGAACUUCCUUCACAGGAAACCUCAUUUUACAUAACCAACUGGCGAACAUAUUAAAUAUUCAAAAUGACACCUUUCCACGUAGCAAUCUAAACAACUGCAUUGUUAUAGAUUGCACCAAGGAAAACAGAGCAGCCAGUACUGAAUGGUCACCCAAAGUUCCUAAGAUCAUGUUAGCGAAUGUCAUGUCUUUAGCCCCCAAAAUGGAUGAAGUUAGCGAGUUUAUCACUCGUAAUCAUAUCAACCUUGCGUUCGUUACGGAAACCUGGCUAAAGGACUCUGUGUUGGACACCGUUGUUGACAUCCCCGGGUUUGCUAUUGUGCGUGAGGACAGGAAGACACUAGAACACGGUGGUGUGUGUGUCUAUAUUCAAGAAAAACGGUGCAAAUAUAAACAACUGAACGAUUUAAAGUGCUGUGAUAAUCAUGAGACAUUGUGGCUCCAUCUAAGACCAAACCGCCUCCCCCGGGGGUUUUCCUGCAUAAUCGCGGCAGUGAUCUAUCACCCCCCCAAGGCCGAUGGGACAUCUAUCCGGGAGCAUUUGUUCCAGUCCCUCGUCCUAGCGGAGACGCGAUAUCCCAACUGUGGAUUGGUCGUCACAGGAGAUUUCAACCGCUUGAUAUUAAGGGCUUGCUGAAUCACUUUCGUCUCCAGCAAAUAGUUCAAGUUCAGACCCGGAAGGAUGCCAUAUUAGACUUGGUGCUCACUAACAUGCAAGAAUACUAUAAUCCGCCACAAGCCUACCCUCCAUUCGGGUUGUCGGAUCACAACGCUGUUGUUGUGUCGCCAAAAGAUGGUAAACGUGAUGUAAACAGAAAGCACGUUGUUAAAAAGGCGUGACUUACGUGAGAGUAACAAGGCUGCCUUGGGGAGAUAUCUAACCUCUAUUGAUUGGCCUUUAUUGUUCGCUCCUACGGAUAGUUGCCAGGAAAAGUGGGAGAUUUUCCACACUGCUGUACAUACAGGGCUUGAUAUUCUGAUGCCUGAGAAAGAAAUUCGCACCUGUAGUGCGGACGCUCCUUGGAUUGACCAUAAGCUGAAGUCAAUGAUUUUGAAAAGACAAAAAGCGUUCAAAUCAUAUGGCGGCGACUCUGCCCAAUUCAAGUUCUUCCGAAAUCUGGUUAACCGGGAAAGAAAGGCAUGCAGAGCUAAAUAUUAUGAAGUGAGAAUUCAGAAUUUAAGACAAGAAGCCCCAAAGAAAUGGUGGGACGAAGUAAAGCGUCUGAGCGGCUCAAAAAGGAAAAAUGGCGACCUUCUGAGCCAGAUUGACGUGGAAGGUUUUUCAGAAUUGUCAUUAAUAGAAAAGGCCAACACCAUCAAUGCCGCGUUUUUAGAACCGCUGGAGGAGUACAGACUGCCAACUCCACUAGAGUUUCUCCCCAUGGAGGCGAAUACAACACCAGAGAUCCUGCACGUGGGUGAACAACGUGUUCAGAAGGUUCUGUCUCACCUUAACCCUGGGAAAGCGUGUGGGCCUGAUAGAAUUCCCAAUUGGCUACUGAAGGAAUAUUCAGAUGCAGUGGCUUUCCCAGUGACAGAAAUCCUUAAUGCCUCCUACUCCGAGCAGCAUUUACCAAAAAUGUGGAAGUUGGCUGACGUGACACCCCUGCCCAAAAAGAAAUCAGUAAAGGAACUGAAAAAGGACCUAAGACCUAUCUCGCUUACUCCAUGCAUUUCUAAGGUCGCAGAAGGGUUUAUUGUGGACGACUACGUCAAACCAGCAGUUAUGAGUAUCAUUGACGACAGCCAAUACGGGGCAAUACCAAACUCUUCCACGACUAUGGCCUUAAUUAGCAUGUUACAUAAUUGGUCAAUUAACACUGAUGGAAAUGGCGCUACUAUAAGAACAAUCGUAUUUGAUUAUCGAAAGGCCUUUGAUUUUAUCGACCAUGAAAUUCUGAUUAGAAAACUGCGUACUAAGUGUAAAUUGCCAGUUAGUAUUACCAAUUGGAUAGUUGACUUUCUUUCUGAUAGAUCACAAAGAAUUAAGCUGGCUGCGGAGUGCUUUUCGGAGUGGGGAUCUGUGCCCUCCGAGUACCACAGGGCACAAAAUUGGGCCCAUGGUUAUUUGUGCUUAUGAUAAAUGACCUUGAAAUCGCGUAUCCACUAUGGAAAUACGUUGAUGAUACAACAGCCUCGGAGAUGAUACCAAAAGAGAGUGAAAGUCACGCCCAAAAUAUAGCAGAUUGUGUUAGUGAGUGGUCACGAGAAAAUAGAGUUCACUUGAAUUCUGAUAAGUGCAAAGAGCUUCGGAUCUCAUUUUCUAAAAGGCCCGGGUUCUUUGAUCCCAUAGUAAUUGAAGGCAAAGAGUUGGAGGUAGUUAGUAGCGUAAAGCUCCUGGGCCUUAAUAUAGCUAGCGACUUGACCUGGAACAGUCAUAUAUCAGAAGUAAUCAAAAGGCCAGUAAGAGGUUGUAUUUUUUAGUGCAACUAAAGAGAGCUAGGGUUCCCUUACAAGACCUAGUACUUUUCUACACAUCAUGUGUAAGAUCUGUAACAGAGUACGCGAUACCUGUCUUCUAUAAUGCACUUCCGCAAUAUCUGAAGAAUGAGCUUUUACGUAUUGAGAAACGGUCAAUUUCCAUUAUAACUGCGGGUGAUUGCGCGGUUGCUCAAGAUUUAGGAAUACGACCCAUCUUAGAACAUUACGAAUUUCUAUGUCAGAAGCUUUUUAAAGGUAUCUUAGACAACCCUAGCCACAAGUUAAAGGCGCUUCUUCCACCCAUACAUAAACCCAGCUAUAACUUCAAAAAUAAGCGCCAAUUUAAUAUGCCACGCCUUCGCACUUCGAGAACGAUGAACACUUUUAUAUUUGCUAUGGCAAGGAGGUUUAAUGGCUAGAUUUUUAUCGAUACGAUAUCCUUUAUUUUUGUUACGGCACGCGUGAUAAUUAUAGUAAUAAUAAUGAUAAUGAUAAUGUAGAUACUUUUAAUUAAUUUAAAUUUAUUUUAAUUAGUUUACAUUUAUAGCUAAUGUAUUUUAUUUAAUUUACUAUCAUGUUAUUAUAUUGUAAAUUGCUGGUAUAAUAAGACGUGUAAUUAGGUUUUUGAAUUUUAAAUUUUAAAUUUCUUGGAUUGUAAAAAUGUGUAAUUCAGCCCUCGGGCUGCAAAUGCAUUUGAGAUUAAACUAUCUAUCUAUCUAUCUCUGUUAUUAAUAUGAGUGCUGAGAUUUUUUCUUAGUGAAGCUGUCAAUUAAAAAUGGUACAUCUGUCAAAACUUUCAAAACAAUCCAACUGGUAGUAGGAUUUUGCUGAAUCAAUGAAGGAAAAUAUUGCAUGACCAAUCACAGGCAGCAUGUGAAAUGAAAUUGGUGUGAAAAGAUUGUAAUGAAAGGCAAUAAAAAUCGGCACUGCACCAUGUGCUGCUUUCUGAGGAUUAUGAUCUUCAAGGUCUGCAGAUGUAAAUUUAGUCAAUAGAAUGGUGACUUCCUCAAGUAAUUUCUGAUACAAGGAGCAAGUUGAGACUUAAAGGAUUUUUGUGAUGGAGCACAAUGAAAGCGAUAAAACAACAAAGUCCAUAAACCAAGCUCUUUAUGCUCUGUGAAAGACGCUGAGCAUGCAAACAGUAAAUAAUUCAAUGAUGAUUAACAUGGCCAAAACUUUUCAUUUAUAAAAUGGAAGCCUAAUGUUCUUUGAGUAGACUUUUUAAUCUUAUUUCUGAGUGUUUUACCUUUCAUUUUUGAAUACAGUAUCUAGGAUAUCCUAACAACAUUAAGUACAUUUAAACGAGUGUGAUAUUGAGUAUGUAAUUUCUUUGUCAUUUGACUGUGAUUCAAAGUUGAAAAUGUCCGUGAUAUCUCAAUACCCAUGUACAAUUUACCUCAUUGUCUGUCUGAACGAUUUUAUUCACUUGUCGUGAAGAAUCCAAACUUACUGGUUACUAUGUUCACUUGCUUGUUUUUGAUCCUUUAUGACUCGUGAAUAAAAAUUGUUUGCGCUCAUCAGCCAUAACAUAAUCUUGUUUCUUUCCUUUAUUUUAAUCAUGCAUUUGCUAAGUUCUGCUGGCUUAUUUUAAAUGUAAUGCAAUACCUAUCACACUACUUCUCUUUCAAAAUUGUAUUGCGAUAGAAAGAUAUCAGGUUAUUAUGGCUUAAUAGGGGUAAACGAAUCAUCAGUUGCCUUUGGUUUUUUUAGCCAAAGCCAAUCAAGGGCCAGACAUCUUGUAGCCCAAAAAAAUCAAGGGUAGCUUAGAAGCUAGGGUCCUUAUCCCAAAGAAUGACUUCCUGAAUUAGCCCUUAAUUCCCUAGGCUGGGGGUCUGCAAGUUCUCCAGUUCUCCAACAGGUUAACGUGUACUGAAUGAAGUUUGAGCCUCCUUAUAUUGGAGACUAAUUCCUGGAUUCUUUUGUUUAUUUUAUUGACAUUGGGUAAAUCUCAAGACUCAGUCCAAGUAAGAUUUGCUAUGCCUUCUGAGGAAUGAUAAAAUCUCUUUUACUUUUCAGAGGCAAUACUUAUAAACAUCUCUUUAAGAGGAAAAUAUUACAUUGAAGGAUCCCCUGUCACCAUGGCCUGUGAAGCUUCAGGGAAACCACUGCCGGAUGUAGCUUGGAUUAGAAAUGGAGUACUGGAAAGUUCAGGGAAGAAAGCUGCGUUUUUAAAGUUCAAUAAUAUAAACAGAACAGAUGCAGGACAAUAUACAUGUCGAGCCAAUAACUCAGUGGAAGUCACUGCUGUUGACACAUCAAUUGUAGUUCAGUGUAAG